GGGCGACGGAAGGGAAAGGAGGAAGGAAGGGAAAAGAGAAAAGACCCGGAUGCCGCCGCCGCUCCCGUUGCUGCUGCCGCCGCCGCUCCUGCUACUAUGUGAGGCGGAGCGGGCCACCGAAGGAAGGAGUUGUGCUUGCCACGGCAGCAGCUUGCGGGGGCAGGCUUGAGGGGGUGACCGAGAGACCUUGUGCUGACGGAGAGCGGUGGCCGUUUUCCUCAGGUCGCUGCCCGCAAGAUGGAGGUGGCAGGGCUGGCCCUGGCGCUGGCGGCGGCGGCGGCGCCGUCGGGUGCGGCGUGAGGCGGCGGCAGCGGCGGACGACGACGCAGGGCUAGCAGGAGUCGCGGUGCGUUUGUCUGAGGCGGCGAGGGGCGCUGAGGCGAGGCGAUGCUGUCGGUGUAUGGAAUACUGCUGUCGGCUCUGCUCGGCUCCUUCCUCACGCUGCUGUUCCAGGUCCUGCUUUUCUACCGGAGGAAGACCGAAGCCCCCGAGGGGCCGUCCCAGACGCCGAGCAACAGCGCCUUCGCCACCAGGGUAGUUCCCGACUCCUGCCUGAAGGAGUACUUCGCUGGCUCCGUUGGCGCUGGGCAGGAGGCGACUCUUAGCCAGUCCCCCUCUAAAAGCGAGCAGACCUCCAAGAGCUCGCUGCCCUCACCGCAGGAUUCUCUCUCUUGCUUUGUGGAAAGUACUGAGGAGACCCUCUACUGGCUCAAUGCUGUUUGCCUUUUUCUCUUCAGGGAGCUCAAGGACACUUCGCUUCUCAGACAGUGGGUCACGAAAAAGAUUAAGGUGGAAUUUGAGGAAUUGCUUCAGACCAAGAUGACUGGGAAGGUGCUGGAGGGACUUAGCCUGCGGGAUGUCUCCUUGGGUAACGUCAUUCCGUUUUUUAAAAACAUCAAGAUCCUGAGGCCAGUGACCUGCAGUGAGGAAGGCUGCCCUGAGGAGCUGGACUUUGAGGUUGAUGUUGAAUACAACGGGGGCUUCCAUUUGGCCAUUGAUGCUGACCUUGUCUUUGGCAAAUCAGCAUAUCUCUUUGCCAAGAUCUCUAGAGUGGUGGGUCGGCUGAGGCUGGUCUUCACCCGGUUACCCUUCACACACUGGUCCUUUACCUUUGUUGAUGAACCUGUGAUUGACCUUGAAGUCAAGUCACAGUUUGAAGGAAGACCCUUGCCACAACUUACUUCCAUCAUUGUCAGUCAAUUCAAGAAAGUUAUUAGGCGCAAGCAUACUUUACCUCAUUAUAAAAUCAGGUUCAAGCCGUUUUUUCCAUUUCAAGUUGUCCCACCUGAAGAAUAUAUGGAUCGGAGUCUAAGGGUACAAGAUUUCUCAUUAACAGAAGGACGGUUAAAGGUUUCUUUAAUAGAAUGUACAAGAUUACUUAUUUUUGGAUCCUAUGAGAGAGAAGUAACUGUUCAUUGCACAUUUGAACUGAGUGAUAAAGUAUGGGAAGAAAAACAAAGAACUACUAUUAAGACGGUAGAACUAAUAAAAGGAAAUUCACCAGGUGUUGGACUCACUCUCCGCCAAGUACAAGCUAAGGAAGGUGAAACAGGGCAUGUAGUUGUUGAGACUGUUGUACCAAACUCAGCUGCUGCAGCUGCUGAUCUUCAGAGGGGGGACAGGCUUAUAGCAAUUGGAGGAGUUAGAAUUACAUCAACAGUGCAGGUGCUAAAGCUCAUCAGACAGGCUGGUGAGAGAGUCACAUUAUAUUAUGAGAGACCUGUUGGCUCUAGUCUUAUACAUUUGGAAGACCCAUUGUUUCCAGAUGAUGAUAUAUUUAAUUCAGCAACAGACACUGAUAACAAAGACCUGGAUUUAGAAUUUGAAGACUUAGCAAAUGAACUAAAAUCAAACGAAUUCAAAGAUGAUUCUUCAACAACAAGCCCCAAGCACACUUCUUUGUCACUUACUGCUAAGCCACCUGGAACCUUAUCACCAGUACCAAAUCGCAGGUCAAAUUUAGCGAGUCAGCAGUCAUCUGCAAAGGCACUUUUCAAAGAAGCAGCUAAACAAGUGGUUCUCAAAAAUUCUGAGAAUCCAGACACACCUCCACUAAUAAACAAACAGUCACAGACAAAUGUAACUAAACCUCCUGUACCACCCAGGCCACAGCUUAAGGUUACUCCACUUACUAAUGAAGUUCAAAAUAAAUUAGAAACUGGUGAUUUAUCUUUGGAGAAACUAGACAGGCUGCUACUUCCUGCAAGUAAUGGAGACAAAAGUUCAGAAAAGCUAACAAAAAACAGUGAUGCAGCAGGGGAAGAAUCUUCAGGAUCCAAAUUAGUUCCAAACAAACCAGAGUUGACAAAGGAAGUUUCAGAUUCCACACAGAAUUCUAAAACAGCUAUAAAUAAACUGGUUGCAAGCAAAGUAGAAAUAGUAAAGGAACCUCCAGAAGUUCUACAGGGUUCUAAAGCAACUGUAAACAAAUCAUUUCCAAGCAAAUCAGACGUACCAAAGGAAUCUCCAGAAUAUUCACAAUCUGCACAGAGUUCUAGAUCAACAAUGGAAAAUCAUCAUUCGUGGGAGUCACCAGAAAUUCCUUACCGUAAUCGAUUAGGUAAAUGGGCAAGGAUAAAAGCCUCUUCCUACAUUUUUGAAGUAGAAAAAGAACAUAAGUACCUAAAUGUUGCCAUUUGGUGUAGAGACCCUUUCAAACUUGGGGGACUACUCUGCUUAGGAUAUGAAAGUAUAAAACUUGAAGAAAUAGCAUUAGAUUGCAUUGUAACAUCCUCUAUGGAAUUCAUUAGACAAUUUAGAUUAAAUCCUCCUGCACCUAGAGCUACAGUAAGUAGAACUGCAUUGCGUACUUUGACCUCACACAAGGGUUUCAAUGAAAAGUUUUGCUAUGGUGAUAUUACUGUACAUUUUAAAUAUUUAAGAGAAGGUGAACCGGAAGAUUCAAGUUUUCUACUGGGAAAAGAAAAGGAGUCUAUUUCAGAAGAAGUAACAGCACAUGUUCUUCCAAAAGAAGAUCCUUAUUAUGGACAAAUUAUUUACACUGAAAACAAGCAUAAUUUUCAAGACACUCAGUUUCAGAAUCCAACAUGGUGUGACUACUGCAAAAAGAAAGUUUGGACAAAAGCAGCAUCACAAUGUGUUGUUUGCGCAUAUGUCUGCCACAAAAAAUGUCAAGAAAAAUGUCUGACUGAGGCCCCAUUUUGUUUAGGAGCCACAAGACGUCUUGAGCGAGCCAUACGCCCUUUUAAAUUAGAAAACCAAGAUUCUCAGGCCACAACAGCAUCCCGUAUUGAUUCAGAUUUGAAAACUGCAAACAAAACAACAGGUUUGACAAGACACAUCAUCAAUACAAGCACCCGAUUUUUAAAUCUUCGGCAAGUCCCUAAAGUUCGUGUUAGUGAGCAAGGAUCUGAAGCAGUAGAACCUUCACCAAAGCACACUCCCCAUCCUUCUGAUAAUGAAGGUAGUGACACUGAAACUGGUGGUCCAAGUAGCCCAUCAAAGCAUACAGGGAUAAAAUUAGCAAGGAAAGAAGGAGGUCUUGAUGAUAGUGUUUUCAUUGCUGUUAAAGAAAUUGGUCGAGACCUUUACAGAAGUUUGCCUACAGAAGAAAGAAUCCAGAAAUUAGAGGUUAUGCUGGAAAAACUGCAAAAUGAAAUAGACCAGGAACUGGAGAACAAUAAUUCAUUAAUUAGAGAAAAGCAUGAAACAACUGAUACAAAGAAAAAAAUGCUUUUGUCUGCUGCAUUGGCUAAAUCAGGAGAACGACUACAAGCCCUAACACUCCUUAUGAUACAUUACAAAGCAGGAAUUGAAGAUAUUGAAGCUUUGGAAAAUACUGCUUUAGACUUGGAGUCUAGAAAAGAAGAUAAAUAUGAUGAUGACAACAACUUAACAGAAGAAAUGGAGAAUGAAGAUGAGAAUACUCUGAUGAUGACACCAGUACUUGAAACCCUACUAAAAGAAGAGGAAAGACUUGAAACACAAGAUGAAUCAAUAGACUGAUUUACAGAUUUAGCCUUGAUAAUGAUGAACUGGGAAACUAUUUUGCACUUAAUCAAAACACAUCAGAUACAGCAAAAUGUAAUUAAACACCAGUAUAAUGCAUACAAGCUGCUUCUCCAGUUUUUCUUUUGAAUUCUGUGUAACAUUAUAAUUAGAGCUUUAUUUCUUGGUGCAAUACCACCAUUUUUUGUUGAAGAAGCUGGUCCAAAUUUUGUGUUAAAUGACAUUUUGGGGUUUAUACUGGAAUAUGUUUAAUUUACUCUAUUUUUUUCUAAAGUUUGAUAUUAUUAAGGUGGGCAGUUUUAUUUUUUCAUUAUUCAGUUUUAAAAUUCUGACUAUUAAAGCAGCUGUGAAGGGACCAGCUUCUGAAGAUUUCAACUGUCUCAUUAGUUGACAUUUAAUAUAUUUGUGGGCAGACAAUGUUCAGAGAGUUGAGGGGGGUUGUCAGUCAUGGAUCAUAGCCAACACUGUGGCUUUCUUUUCAGUUAUUCAGCAUAAUUGUUAUUACAUAUCAGGAUACUUGCUUUCCAUAAUUUUGUUCAUCUGCAAAUUUUGAACAGUUAGAUCUGUUUAUACAUUAAUAUCCAUUAGUUUUAACAGAAUCAUAAGGAUGAACUCCUAAAACUCUUAAAGUAGCCCUCAGUAGGUGCUCAUUUUUUUUUCCUGAAAAACCAUGGGCAUUAGAUUUCAUCUAAACCUAAAUUGUACCAAUGUUGCAUAGCAAUUUAUUGGGAAUGUGCCAGCAAAAUUUUCAUGCUGAUUUAAAUAUAGAGGAACGCUUUAGAGAACAUAUCACUCUAUACUGUAAUAAUGCUUAAACACCUGCUAGAGAAACUAUAAAGUUGAGCUGUAUCUUCUUCAGUUUACUUAAGCAUUGAUUUUGCCACAGAAUCUGUAUCUUCAAAGAUUUACUGUUUAAAAAGGUAACAUUUAAUAAGACUGCUAAAAUGUUUCACUUUCCACUGGUUUUGAUGCCAUCACGCAAAAUAAAAUGGCAGAUGCUCAACAUUUUAAUAUAGCAUGUAGGUUUUUCACUGGAUUAUGAACCCAACAAAAAUUAAGAUAAACUUGCCCACUCUUUUGAAAAGCAUCUUCUGAUCUGACAUGGAAGAUCUUAUUUUGAGGUUUGAAAUCUGUGUCUUAAGGUUUCAUUUACCACAUCAAUAUUCAGCAUUAUAUUAGCACUUUGCUGUUAAAUAAAACCUUUGCUGAAAUAGUAAAAUUGGCAUACUGCACUAAUAGUGCAGUCCUAUGCCUCUCUAUUUAGUAGGAAGUUCCACUGAGUUCAAGAGAGUUUAUUCCCAAGUAAAUGGAUACAGGAUUACAGGUUUCGUUAAUCUUAUUUUGAUUGGCAAGCAUUCUACUGUAUGUAUUAAAUCUGCUUUGCUGUUACUACAGAGGUGAACAAUUUCUCACACAUUUUGACCUUAAAAAUAAUUCAUUCCCACUGAACUGGUUCACACAUAAUGACAAUCCUGAGUAUGGACUGUCAGUGAAUUAUGGGUUAUCACUGUGUGCAAAUCCCGCACGAUGGUUUAACUAUGGAUUAUUACAAUGACCAACGUAGAGUUCAUAACUCUGGGUUCUCUUCCUGGAUUUUUCACCAUUAAUAAUCAAUAGUUAAACUGUUUUGCAGUUUGCAGAUAAUAACAGUUGAAGAACAACUCACUAACAAUUCUAUGAUUCAGCAACAACCCAUUCAAACCAGGUCACUAUUUAAAUACAUAACCAAACUGCAUAGUUGCUAAACUGAGAACACAGUUCAUAUGAAAAAAAAUCACAUUUUUAACAGAAAAUUGUAACUUAACUAUGUCCCAAACUGAACCAAAGAAGUUCAGCAUGGUGUUAAAUUAAUUCUGUCUCCGUAUUUAUUCUUUGUGUUGCUUACUAAACAAAGCUGUUCUGGGACAAUUUUCAGUAAGUGUUUAGCUUGUGUCCAGAUACUGCCUUUUAAAACUUGCUGAUGAGGAAACAGCUGCAGGAAUAAUGUAGACAUUAGAUUUCCCAAAAUAAUAUCUGGUAAGUUUACUGUUUAAGUAAAUGGGCAUGAAAAGUUGGGUAUCAAUACUAUGAUUGUAUAAUAUAAAUUAAAUGUAGUGCAAUAUUCUAAAUGUUGCGUGAGAAUGGUGGCAAAAUAAUUGUAUGGUAGUGACAAGGAAAACAUACAAAACAUGAUUAUAAUAAACACUGAUCCUGAGAAGCGAGCUGUAUUAAUACAUUCCUAUUAUAUUCUUUGCUUCUGUGCUUUACCAUACAUAGCUGAAAAUAAAAAUACCACUGAAAGCAAGACUAUCUUGAUGUAGUGGUAUGUAACUACUUGACACUUGCACAUAUUUAUGGAAAUCUGCUUGAAAUGAUUGUCAGAUAUGAUUUUAUCAUGAGAACAAGCUUUAAUAAAACUUUUUUAUAAAUUUUCA